AUGUCGAACGAUGAUUUUGGCAUGCGCCACUACCCGAGCGAUAACACACAGUUUUAUCGUGAUGAUGGUCGACCUAGCAUCUCCUGGGAGGAAUAUAUUCUUACCAACGGGCCAAAGGGAGUUGGCGAAGCGGUCACGGUGUUCUCGAACUCGGUUGAGGAACAUGGCGUUGGCGAAACGACUUUUCAGCCACUGUCGAAAUAUAUCCCCGUCAGCACUCCCGGGCCACUACACUUUGAGUUUGCUCUGAUCUGCGAACAUUGGACGCUUCAAAAGCACAGCCGCAAGAGUGCGCCGUACGUGUUCAUGAUUGGUGUUCAUGGAAUUGACGGGCGAAAGGAUGACUAUGUUCCGUUCGAAUAUAUUCGUGGCUCGGGCCCGGGUGGUGGCGGGGAUCGCUGGACUCUUGAUAUCCCCGAUCCAAGGACGCUGGGGGCCCCAGGGCAAACACUGACAUUGUAUGCGUUGACAAGCUACGGCAAUAAUCAAGACGGCAGAGGCCUAACGGUGCGCCAGUACCUUGAGAUGAAAGGGAGGACGGCCAUGGGUUGGGCGGGAGUUGCCCAGUGGCAGCUUGUCGCUUGA